AUGCGGCCCCAGGCUAAUGGCCGCAUCGUGAGGAUCAAGAAGUUGUCCCGGAGCGCCGGACAACAGAUUCUACGUGAAGACCAGAUCGAUUCUAACGAAUAUGAGUCCCUACAAGAUCAAUACAAGGUAGAAACCGGGGUCGAGAAGUCAGAGGAAUCGGAAUAUCAUCUCCAGGCAGCAUUAGCUGCAAGCACAGGCGGAGGGGAAAAGGAAGGCGAGAUUCCAGCACCGCCUGCCGAGGAAAGCCCCGAGAUCGACUAUGACUCUCUGUACCCAUUAGUAUUUGACAAACCUGCCACUUACAUCCGCUUCUCCCAAACUGUCGAAGAAUGUACCGGUUGCCAAUAUAAUAUGACAACCGAGGAUGACGCCUUCCUGAAAGCAUAUAACCAAAAGAGACCGCUGAGCGCUAAGUGCUCGGAAGAUGACUUUGAAAGGAUCAUGGAAGUCUUCGAGGAGACUGCUGAUCUCCAAGCUCCAUUUGCAGCAGUUGACAAUACCGUGAUACCUUUCGAGACGAUGAAGUUGUCGCUCAAGGAACAAGUGGAAGAGAAAUUGCAGGGAUUUGCCAAAGAUAUCUACGAAUUCUGGAAAAUCCGAAGGCAGGGCACGGGUAAUAACCCACUCCAGCCGAGUCUUAAGUUUGAGACACACCAAGACAACGAUGAUGGCGACCCAUACGUCUGUUUCCGCCGUCGCGAGGUGCGGCAAACUCGGAAGACUCGAGCCCGGGAUGUGCAGAGCACAGACAAGCUUAAAAAAUUAAGGAAGGAACUUGAAGAAGGCCGAAACCUCAUAGCACUGGCGUAUAGCAGAGAAUUGACCAAACGUGAUCUUUUGCAGGUGGACCGGUCCAUCUUUGAGCAGCGUGCCAAGGUCAAGGAUGUGAAGGUCAAACUGGGUAUCAAGACCGAUGACGAGGACCUGAUCAACCAGAAGCCGCAAAAGAGAAAGGUCUCCGAGUUUCCUCAAUUGCAACGGCCACCUGCAACGCAAUUGCGCCUUCCAGGCCGGUCUGAUGGUCGCCCACUUGAUGCGGAUCUCGUAUUGCUGAGUGAUGUGAUUGCUCAGAAGGAGAACCUUCUCCAGUCAGAAAUUGAGGAGAAGGCCCAGCAACAUCGGAAAUGGAACUUGGGCCAUGUUGAUCUGACACGCGAGCCACUCUCACCAGUCAACGAGCAUGGCCCAGAGACGGGCUUCCGCCCCGCAAUAGCCCAGUAUCAAUACUUGAUGACACCGCCUUCCUCUGUAACUUCCGAGUCCUUUGAUCAAUCUUCUCCUACUCCAGAGAAAGCUGAUCCCUUCAUUUUUCGCUACAACAAACCGGCGGAGGAAGAGGUGCCUCCUAGCCAGCCGGCUUAUCGUAGACGGAUUGGACGAUGCGGUCGCCUGUGGAUUGAUCGUAGAGGCAUGCCAUCUGCAGCAAGAGUUGUGGACGAAACCGUUUCGGACCGAUGGAAAUAUGACCAGGACGAUGAUGAAGAGCAACCGGUCUAUGAGAUGGAUCCGUACGACACCAAAGCCUUGCGGUUCCGGGCCACAAUACCCUUCCCUUCGCAUUUAUUGCCCCAGCGCACUCGUCAAGACGAGAGGCCUGCCAUCAUGGCUAGACCCGCUGCGGCGCAACCCCAAGCACCGCAACCCCAAGCACCUACCUGA